AAAAGAAAUGUGUUCACUCUUUUCAUAUGUCUGUCAGUUCUGCAGGGAAAUGGUUCUCUUUGUGUCCUUGCUCAUCAUUUCUUCCCUCCAUUUGUCUGGUGCGAUGGAGAGCAGGAUUAUUGGUGGAAAUGAAGCUAAACCUCACUCCAGACCCUACAUGGUGUCUUUUCAGAUGGAUAAUGAACACAAGUGUGGUGGGAUGCUCAUCACAGAAAACUAUGUGCUAACCUCAGCUCACUGUCUAAAUGGAUAUGAACCAUCUGGGGGGAAAAAACUGGAGGUUCUGCUGGGGGCUCAUAAUAUCAGUCGGAAAGAGCCCAGUCAGCAGAGAAUUCGAGUGGAGAAAUACAUCAUGCAUCCCUCAUACAAGGAGGGACAGAAGGACAGGAGCUAUGAUGUCAUGUUACUGAAGCUGGAGACCAAGGCCAAGGUGAACAAAUAUGUGAAUUUCCAUGCUCUUCCUAAGAAGAAUAAGACGAUUCCUGCCCAUCAGAAGUGUUCUAUAGCGGGCUGGGGUAUAAAAGGAUCAGGCGAGCAUCAAGCAUCAGAUGUUCUGCUAGAAGUCACACUCAAAGUACAGUUUAACUUUGAAUGCAAGAAUUCAUGGAGGGAUUAUUUUGAUUCUAUGUGCAUGAUCUGCACAGCAUCGAAUGGGAUAAGGGCUUUUUGUCAGGGUGAUUCAGGGAGUCCUCUUAUCUGUAACAAAGAGGCUCAGGGAAUGGCUGCAUAUACAUACCCUGGUGACUGUCUAAAGCGCAAGUUCCCAGAAAUAUACAUUAAGGUAGCCUACUUCGUACCAUGGAUUAAGGAAGUAAUUCAAUCUAACUGAGAGUAUUACUUGCCCAUACAACAUUAACCACUCCAAUAAAUUACAUAUUGCAUUUAA